GACCCCGCGGACCGGAUCGGCGGCUGCGGCGGCGGCCAAGCCCCGGAGGCGGAGGCGGGACGCGGGAGGCGGCGGCGGCGGCGGCGCGCGGAGACGUAGCAGCGGCAGCAGCAUGUCGGCCGGAGGAGCGGCGAUCCCGCCGCCCCCGAACCCCGCCGUGUCCUUCCCGGCUCCCCGGGUCACCCUGCCCGCUGGCCCCGACAUCCUGCGGACCUAUUCGGGAGCUUUCGUCUGCCUAGAGAUUGUACUUGGGGGCCUUGUCUGGAUUUUGGUUGCUUCCUCCAAUGUUCCUCUACCUCUGCUACAAGGAUGGGUCAUGUUUGUGUCUGUGACAGCUUUCUUCUUUUCUCUGCUCUUCCUGGGCUUGUUCCUCUCUGGAAUGGUGACUCAGAUUGAUGCCAACUGGAACUUCCUGGACUUCGCCUACCAUUUUGUAGUGUUUGUCUUCUACUUUGGAGCCUUUGUAUUGGAAGCAGCAGCCACCUCCCUGCACGACCUGCAAUGCAACGCAACCAUGACUGUGCAGCCGCUGCUCAGCAACAACCAGUACAACGUCAACGUGGCAGCCACAGUUUUUGCCUUUAUGACCACGGCUUGUUAUGGUUGCAGUCUGGGUCUGGCUUUGCGAAGAUGGCGACCGUAACACUCCUGGGAAACUGACAGUUGUGUGCUUGUUUCAUUUGUCUACUUUAUAUGUCUGAUCACUUGGGUACCAUUGGUCCUGAUAAAACAUUCCAAGCAUCAUUUUCUUACUACAGAGAGAAACUCAGUGAAAACUGUGGUUUGUUACAUAGGUGGCAUUUUCAUUUUAUUCUGAUUUUAGAGAAGUAUCCUUUCAAUUUUCGUCUCUUUCUUAUUUUAAAUACAUUUUCCUUGUAUAUUCCUAAAAUAUACAGACACUGUUCACAAAACAAUAGUAUUCCUUUUGUUUGUUAAGUCACCCAAACUUUAAUAAUAAUACAUAGCUAAAACAAUACAUCUCAAGCAGGAUUCUCAUUUACUCCUACCUUUAAUAUAAAACAGGAAAUGAGAUACAUUUUUUUUUAACCAAAGGGCCAGGUAGCACAUAUAUAAGCUUAAGAGGCCAUAUAGCUUCUGUGGAAAUUUUUCUAUCCUAUGAUAACACAAAAGCAGCUACAGAUGACGUAAAUAAAUGAGCAUGUCUGUAGCCUAAUAAAGCUCUAUUUACAAAAAGGGAGCAAGAUUGGAUGUGGUCCACAGACCACAAUUUUAUCAACUACUGCCAAAAAACCUUAGGUGUUCUUCAGUUCAUUGAACCAUCAUAAGGUUUAUCAACCUCAUUAGACAAGCCACAUAACAUAUUUUGUUUCAUUAUGCAACAAUCACAUUGCCUUUGGUUAAUUGUUAAAUAUGUACCCAUGGCAGGACAUACAGUUUCUCAAGAUAACCUCAGCAGAGCCUUGGAUGUACAGAAAAAUAAGGUAUGAAAUAAACUCCAAACUAAUAAUCUCCUAAUAGCUCAGCAAGACUCUCACAUGAGAGUGCUUAAGACAUGAUCCCCAGAGGAAAUUAAUCACUACUGGAACUGGAAUCUUGCUACUGAUGUCUUACUUUGGUUUAUUUAUGCCACAGACUAUUGUUGUUUGCCCUGUGCAUGAAUAUAUAAAUAUUUAUGUAUGUAAAGUUUUUCCACAUAGCUCUCUGAAGAGUUGAGUUUUUACUUCUGAUUGUUUUUGCAUUACUUUCUGAGUUAAAUUUGAAUAGAAUAUUAACUAGACCAUAAAGCUAUAGAUUAUUACAUGCUUUGAUAAUAGCCUAGAUAUCUAUGCUGUUUUUACAUUGGUAUCAGACAGGCAAAGUCAGUUUAAGACAGUAGCUAACACAAAAACUAGAUGUGGCUGAAUAGUACAGAAAACAAUCCUAGUCCAUCUGUAGACAUUGUGGGCUUGGCAGUGUGCCACAAAUGGCUUGAAUCAAGAGCAAAUCAGAAGUAGGCCAAGGUUCCCCCCACAUUCUCAUACAAGCUACUUUGCCUGUUGCUUUAACAGGGCUGCCUCUGGAAAUGGGCUUGGGAAUUGCUUCCUAGCUGAUCCAUCACCUAAGAGUGCCAUGCACAGCUGGAGCAUUAGAAUUCGUGGAAUAUUAGGAAAAUAUGAGUGAAGAGCAUAACCAAUGCCCAGAGAUCAAGUGCUGUUUACCUAGUCCUUCCCCAGAAGAGUGCCUCCUGGGGGCUCAGUUUGUAAUACAGCUAAAGAAGAGAUAUACUUCUAUAUGUAGCUUGAAAAAAAAUCAGUCUUAUGACCUUACACUCUUGUUUUAUCUCUUCUAUAAUGCCUGACUUCCUUUAUUAUUCUAGCUCCAGACCACACACUGAAAACCUGUAUUAUGAGUUCUAUAUCAUGAUGUCAUAAAUGUGCCAUAAAGAUACAUUGUACGUUGUACUUGGAAUCACUAAAAUGUAGUACACUAGAAUUGAGUUGAAAUUUUUCCCCCCAAGGUGUAACAGGCCAUGCUUGGUAUGGUAUUAAUUUAAACGAAUUCAUUCAGAUGUAUUGGUGGUACUUUUGUAAAUGGAUUGCUUCUAGAUUAGCAAGAACCAAACCCAAAGCUCACUAACUGUGAAUAUUUAGAUGUGUAGAUUAAUUGCAUUCUAGAUUUGUGAGCUGAGUGACAAAGCACUUGAACAAAAAUAAUGGCGUUUAAAAAUCUCUUUUCAUAUCUUAGCUGUAAAAACAAGAAAGUGUUGGUUGGUUUUAAAAUCUGAUAAAUUUAUUUUAUAAGUGUUAUGACUCUAAUAAAGUAUUCAUUUGAUAA